GAUCAAUAAGAAGAAUAUUAAGAAAACCCUCCUAAACCCUAUUCUCUCAAUCCUCUCAAUUCUCGUUCCCAAUCCCUCUAAAGGCCUAGGCCGAUUCCCUAUCUUUCUCUUCUCAAAUCCCUAAUUCUGUUCGUAUAACCAUAAUCCCCAAAUUAUCAAACCCGAUAGAAACUUUGUUUCUAUCAUUUGGUAUCGGAGCCCUCAUGAGUCCUUCGAAACUCACUGAUCCAGCAUGGGCUCGUACGAAGCAGCUGAUAGAGUUCAUGUUAUCUGAACUCAAGCGAGAGGCUCAGGAACGCGGGUGGACAGCAGCAACAGCGGAAGAGGCGGUCGAUCCGUCCGCGGUGGUCCCCGUACCGUCGGGCCCGACGCGGCGCGCGAGAGGGACAGCGCCCGCGCUGGCGGCAGGAGCGGGCGAUGGGCGCGCGGGGGAGGAGGCUGGAGCUAGCGGCCGCCCCGGGGUGGCUGCGGGGUCGGCGGAGAUCGGUGCUGGCGGCGGCGGUGCAGGGGGCAGUAGCAGGAGCGGGGCGGGAGAACCGCCGGCGGACGGGGACGAGGAGGCGAGCGCCGCGAUGGCCGCGGACGGCGCGCGGAGGGGCGUGGCGGCGACGGCCGUGGUGAUGGUGGCGGCAGAGCAGUCGAACCUUCAGGCUGUUGCAAUAGAAGCUGUCUCCACUACUGUCGUUCCAUCAUCAACACCGCAGGCCAGUGCGUUGUCCCUGGCCGCUGCAGAAACAGCGCACAAGCACGAUGGGGCAUCACAAAUCACCCCGGCCAUUGAUGGGUUCCUUAUUGAGACUAAGAAUGUCGAGGAGGGGUCAAUAACCAUAGAGCAGCCGGCCGCUACGGAGGUUUCCACGAUACUCUCGCCAACUGGGGUUGAAGAUGAAGGCCCGUUUGAGAAGAUCUUUGUCGACCUACAACAGCUUCGGGCACUCACCGCAACACAACCAACUCCUGAUGUUGUGCGAUCCCUAACCCAUGCUAUUUUCGGAUCGGUACUCGUUCAAUUGAACCGGCCAAUUGAUGGGUGGAAAUUCAGGAGAAAGCCGAGACCACGAGAUGGCCCGGAUCUUGAACCAAAAGAGCAGGGGAAGAAGGCAAUGGCGAGGCGGACGACGCAGGUGCCCGGUGAAGGGAAACCCGACCUGAUGGUCUGCAUAUGGUCGGAGGAGGAAACGAGGCAGAAGAUGAUGGUGGCUGUCGUGAAGGUGUUGACCGAUGAUGAGGCGGCGUCGAAAGUUGGCGGGACUUGCCGUCGGGGAAGCUCUUUGCAACCGAAGGAGGAGUUGAUGGAGAUGGCGAUGACGUCAUGACGAUGGUGAGGGACGCGACGAGGGAUGAGGCCGGCGAUUCAUCAUCGUCGUCAAUCACCAGGGGCGGUCCAAUGGGAGCCAAAAUUGGUAAUGCUGCAAGGAUUGAUGAAGUACUGUGGAACACUGAAGAGAGGAUGAGUCCCACACAGGGGAAGCUAGUGGGCGGCCAAUUGCUUGGAGAAAUAGAAGGACAACAGGUAACUACUUGCUUUAACUACAUUACUCCAUGGGAUUUGGUCGCAUAUGGGAAACUUGGAAGGAAUCGUGGAGCAGAAAAGUGGAGCGGCCAGGUGAUGGAUAUAACCAGAAAGAUAAUGGAAAAGAACUUGUUGGGGAGUCGAACUCUACUGAGGGAGCUCGUAUGCUAAGUUGGAGGAACGACUGGCUGUGGUUUGAGGGAGAUCGUGUGCUCUCGAGCGAAUACGCUGGAAGGUGUAUGUGUCAUCGCGAGCGGUUGCGGUUCGAUCAGGCCGCGCGAGACUACAACAAUGGAUUUUUUCUCGGUGGAACCGGCUGCGACCUCGGCAGUCAUGCUCUCGUACAAGUGGCCACAUGGAAAGAACGGAAGGGAUGUAAUCUUCAAAGUUUAAUGGUGGGCGUUUGGCCAUUUCCAGGGGCAUUGAGGAUUGUAUGUGCAGUUAGUGGGUGGAUUGAAGGUUGGGGGUUACCUGGAUGCUGUCUAAGAGAGGGAAUGUUAAUGAGGUUUGGGGUGACAAUCAUGGGAUUGACUUCAAGCUGCGGGAAUAACGUUGUGUCGGGUUAUAAGCUUGGGUGGGAUGGCAGUAAUAGAGCAAUUAAUUUGGCCGCUACCGUGAAGGACUUCAAGUCCGAAGGAGCUCCUUGUGUGGGAGGAGUUCGAGUGCCUAGCCCCAAUGGGAAGAAAAGGAAGCGACGGAUGAUUCGACUCCUGAAUUGUACGAGAAAGGUGGAGGUGUGGUUCAAGUUGGUCAACCUUGAGGGCAAGGUUGGUCUCAAGGGGGAGAGAAUGAUAGAAACCAACUUCCGUUCGGGUUCUAUAAUAAUUAUUAUUAUUAUAUUAGAGUAAUUAGUCUUUUAGUCGUAUUAGGUUAAUUGUUAGGGUUUUGUGGUUCUGUUCCUAUAUAUAUACGUUGUUAUUCAUCUAUUCGAUCAAUAACAAGAAUAUUAAGAAACCCCUCCUAAACCCUAUUCUCUCAAUCCUCUUAAUUCUCGUUCCCAAUCCCUCUAAAGGCCUAGACCGAUUCCCUAUCUUUUUCUUCUCAAAUCCCUAAUUCUGUUCGUAUAACCAUAAUCCCCAAAUUAUCAAACCCGAUAGAAACUUUGUUUCUAUCAGUUAGUUAGCCCAUCCCCUGACUGCCACCUCAUCAAUUUCCCAAUUCCACUUGACUAGGAAGAGAGUCCAAACCUUAUUGAUACAUGGAUUAUGAGUCAAAUAUCUCCUUUGACAACCAUGGUCCAUGAAACCGUACCGGAGAUCGACCGGAAAAGUCAGCGGUAGGGUAUUUUAUGACAAACCCGUGGUUUUACCGUAGUUUAACUGUUAGUAUUGUUAAAUACCGCAUACCGGUUUAGCUCCGAUACUGGUAUUUUGUGGUUGAACCGCCUGUACGGUACGGUUUCAUGGACUAUGUUGACAACACAGCUCCUGUGGAGGGGGAACCUUGAUUUGGAGGGAAGAUUGUGGCGCUAAUGGAGAAGCUCAUCGCAAUUUUCGUUUCAGACAGGCGUCAAUCAGUGGGAAAGCAACUCCUCUGAACCAGUUUCUGGAUUAUCCGAUAGGAAUUUCACUUUUGGAGGUUCAUUUAGGCCAAGUGGGCUUGAUUAUAUUUCUUUGGGCUUUAAUUGAAUGCAGCAAGACGGAAAUACAGGCAGCCCGGCCCGUAUUCUGAGAAACCUUCAAAACCUGAACGAAAAGGCUGAAACGGGAAUGGACGAAUCCAAAACGUAAAAAGUUUCAAUUUCUUAAAACCGAUAAUGAAACGUAACGAAUUGC